ACACUUGGAGACAAAGAGAGACGCAGAAACAUGGCAGAAGAAGUUCCAGCAGCUGCACCGGCUAAGGCCCCGGCCAAAGCCCCGAAGAAGAAGGCUGCCAGGCCCAAGAAGGAUGGACCCAGCCUCCCGAAGCUCAUCGUUGCCGCUGUGGCCGAGUCUAAGGAGCGGAAGGGGAUCUCACUGGCUGCAAUCAAGAAGGUGCUGGGGGCCGAAAAAGUCGAUGUGACCAAGGCAAACAAACGCAUCAACACCGCUAUCACCAAGCUGGUGACUAAGGGGGUCCUGAGCCAGACUAAGGGCACUGGAGCCUCCGGUUCCUUCAAGCUUGCCAAGAAGGAGCCCAAAGUCUCCAAACCGGUCAAGAAAGUGGUUAAGAAGAAGGCUCCCGCCAAAGCCAAGAAACCAGCCGCAGCUAAAGUCAAAAAACCCGCCACGGCCAAGAAGGCAGCAGCUAAGAAGACAUCGGUCAAGAAAUCCCCGAAGAAGGCAGCGCCCAAGAAAGCCGUCAAGAAGACACCGAAGAAGAGUCCCAAGAAGCCCGCCGUUAAGAAGCCCAAAGCUGCAGCCAAGAAGCCCGCAGCAAAGAAAAGUGCAGUCAAGAAGCCCAAAGCGAAGAAAGCUGUCAAGAAGUGAAGCUGCUUCACCUCCACUCAUUCAUCACCAAAGGCUCUUUUCAGAGCCACCACAGCCUCCACUAAAAGCUGCUGCCGUGCUCAUCACUGCAUCAUACUACUCCAAUCAUUACAACAUUCAUGGAUCAAUCUUCGUUUACAGAAAACUAGCACAUUUUUGGAUCAUUUUAAUGAUAUUAAGGCUUUCUGCUUGCUCUCUUCUCAUCCAGGUUUUGUCUUGUCAUUUUUGCACCAUUGAUUAUGAAGUCAUUCAAGCUUAAUCACAAAAUUGCACUUCUUUCUAACUAACCCAUGUGAUGUUUUCAGUUUCACAGGUUGAAAAGUGACCUUUAGAACACUGCAGUGAAAUACAGUGACAAUCCAAAUCAUUUCUGACAGUAAUCAGACCAACAAGUUACUACUCAGGGAAAACUCUUUUACACAUAUUUCUACAUUUCUUCCUUCUGUCUAUAUAUAAAUAAUAAGAGCUGGAGUGUAAUUCAGAACUAAAAGAUGUAAUAUUUUAAAAUCAUUUUACUAUUACUUCUC